AUGUUAAUGAUUCCUCUCAAGCCUGACUUGCCACGAGUGAAAACAGAAAUUGAAGCCAUGAAGGCUUUUAAUCAUAAACACAUUUGCAAGCUGUACCAGGUAAUUGAAAAUGAAGAACGAGUAUUUUUAGUGCUUGAGACUGCUGUAGCUUGUUUUCUUCUGUUUCUCUCUGUUCUUUCCCCCCUGUUCUCCCCCCCUGUUCUCCCUUCCCUCCAUUCUCUCCCCCCAUUCUCUCUCUCUUCUCUUCUUCUCCUCCUCCGCCUCUCUUCUUCUCCUCCUCCGCCUCUCUUCUUCUCCUCCUCCGCCUCUCUUCUUCUCCUCCUCCGCCUCUCUUCUCCUCCUCCUCCGCCUCUCUUCUCCUCCUCCUCCACCUCUCUUCUCCUCCUCCUCCACCUCUCUUCUCCUCCUCCUCCACCUCUCUUCUCCUCCUCCUCCACCUCUCUUCUCCUCCUCCUCCACCUCUCUUCUCCUCCUCCUCCACCUCUCUUCUCCUCCUCCUCCACCUCUCUUCUCCUCCUCCUCCACCCUCUCUUCUCCUCCUCCACCUCUCUUCUCCUCCUCCUCCUCCUCUCUUCUCCUCCUCCUCCUCCUCUCUUCUCCUCCUCCUCCUCUCUUCUUCUUUUCUUUCUUCUCUUCUCCUCCUCUCUUCUUCUUUUCUUUCUUCUCUUCUCCUCCUCUCUUCUUAUUUUCUUUCUUCUCUUCUUUGCUGCUCUUCUUAUUUUCUUUCUUUUCCACUCUUCUUCAAGGCUGCAUUAG